CUGUGCGUGGCCCAAGUAAAUUUGGAUUAGUGAAGUGUGUGUGAGUGGAUACAAGACUUUUUGGAGUGACGAAAGGCACGCGACUUAAUAAACAGGCAAAAAACACUUUUUAACAAGACAAGAGACAUUUUAUUUAACCGCUUAUCAGUUUGUGGUUUUGCGGAUGUCCGGUCGGGAAAAUUCAGCUGUAGGAGACUUAAUUCGCAAACGGGAAAGUUUGGAUUCCAAUGCACAUCUUCUUCUUGGACAUCAGGUUUGGGAGGAAUAAACGCCGCGUUAACCUCGCUGAUCUUGUUUCAGAGAUACACACAACCAAAAUUAAACAGUUUAUAUGCAUUGUUUAUUGGAGCUAAUUCGGAAGCCUGUAUUACGUGACAAAAGUUAUUCUCCUCUCCAACUUGCUAACAAGCUAGCAAAGUAGCUAGAGUAGCUAAGUUACCUUAUAUGCUCACUCCAGUGAAAGUGAAUGAAUUGAUUAGCAAACAGGCUAGCACCAGCUUUUAGCCAGUUAGUGAUGGUAUUUCUUUAACAUGUUUACCAGUUGACAGAUUAUUAUUCGGGACGGCAUAAAAAGUAUCCCCAUGGGCGUUGUGACCACACCGUUCCGAACAAGUGUGGUGACACACUUUGACUUCUCUGGGGACAGACUAUAAGCUAACUUUCUCAGUCUAAAACUUGCCUUUUACAGUGUAACUUUAGUGUAACAUACGUCCAGAUUUGUAACAAAGAGUCCACACUAAGACACCAUCCGUCGCUAUAUUGUAACAGUUCGUACAGAUAGUCGAUACAUCAAAGACGCUUUGCAACAAACGAGAGUGUUCAAGUAUCCAACACCCCUGCUGCGCCCAUGCAAAGACGCGGGACUGCUGCGAAGGACACCUGUUGAUGCUGAGAGAGACUGGGAUGAGAUUCCUGUCCAGAUUUCCUUGCUAAUCUAAUUUUUUGGAGGCACACGAGAUAAAAUGAAGGUGACGGUGAAUUUCGGGAGAACUGGCGUGGUUGUGCCGUGCAAAGACGGAUGGACGGUGCGGGACUUGAUCCAACAAGCCACCCAGAGAUACAGAAAACUACUGGAGCAGGAGGGGGACUUCCUGGUUCGGACGCACCACGUGGAGUACUGUGACGGGGGGAUUCUGGACCCUGAUGACAUUCUGACCGACCUGGUGGAGGACAGAGACAAGGUGAGUCCACAGCUGUGACCCCCUGUCUCAGCG